UGAAAAAUGAAGUUAGUGUAGAUCUCAAUUAGAGGAAAAAUUAAAAACAAAAAGAUGCAAAUGUGGUAAACACGAACAAUUAUAGAUCUUCAGAUGGCUAACCAUGUCAUUUAAUCCACUAGAGCAUUCUAUAGUACAUGAAUACUCGGUCUUAUUUUCCGAUAGGAUCAAUCAAAAAGAUAAAAAGUGGAACGAUGGAGUUCUACGAUUUUAUGAAUUAAAUGGAAAACUAGAAGUUUCAAAUUCAGAUGAUAAUAUAAUUGCAAACGAUUUCAUACCAUCCAAAUCAAAUUCUAUAAUACAUGAAAAGUAUUUACGCGUCAAAAACCAGUUCCAACUCCCUACUAAACGUCUCUUGGUUGAAGUCGUGGAGAAAUUGUCCGUAUCAGAGAGAGAUGUUUCCAAAUCAUUUCCUAAAAAGGCUCAAACUAAACCUAAUGCAAUCAAGAUAAAUGAAAAUAUACCGAUUGCUUUAUUGAAACUAGAUCCAAAUAUGUUAAACACUACUACAAGACGACGUAAAGUGGGAUUAACAAGAAAAACCAAUCCUGAUAUGAGCAUGAAACGUUCACUUACACCUAUAGAUAGUAAUUUAGCGAAGGUAUCUACUCCAAUCAAGCACUUGAAUGUUGCAAAAGUUGUCAAACCUAAGGUUAAAGAAGAUAAAUUAAUAACAGCAUUGAAAUCAAAUGAGAGUAAACUAAUUGAGUUUAGAGUUUUACCUAGAAUUGCUACGUUGAGUAAUAAAUUCUUCCAAUAUUUACACCAUAGCUUUAAUGAGUCCAGUGCAGAUGAACCAAACAGUGGAGAGGAAAAUGUAAGUGAUAGAGAAAUAAUUCAGAUCGAAAAUAAUGAUCCAGCACCUGUUAUUAUUAAAAAGGAAACAACGAUCGUAUCAAACAAGUCUGUUGAUGAUGCCGAUAUAAUUUAUGAUUUAUCUGACUUGGAAGAGGAUGAUAAAUUUCACGAAAUGUUAGCUAAGAUAAGAGAGGAACAAGAACAACAAGAAGAAAACAAGUCGAAAUAUAAUGACGAUUUCAAUUAAUGUAUAUAAUAUUAUGACUGUUAUGAAUUUACUACGAAUUAUUCUUUACAAUAGAAAAAUUUUAUAUUAGAGAAUAAAUUAAAACAAAACAAUAAAAAGAUAUUGGUGAUAGCACCAAAAAAACAAAAGUAAGAUAAAGAAAGGAAAUAACUCAACUUAUCUUUGUAUCAUAAACAACAAAAUAACACCAGCAUUUAAUAAACCAAACCAAGAAAAGAAAACAGAUAAUAAAAUAAGACCAUAAGUCAUAACAAAAAAAA